AAACACGGGCACAUUUGGCUGUGUUCUGAAAUGCGAAGCAGGCUUUUCAUGACUUCCUACCGACUACUCCUGCACCACAACUAAAAACUCCUCAGCAGUCCCCAGUAGCUUGCCAUGGACCAAGACUCACACUGCACAGCAGAAAAGGAACUGUUAGAAGCUGUAAACAGAAUUACUUCAUUUUCUACCAGAAGUCCAGAUGAUGAAGAGCAAACUCAACCCAAAGCUGAAAUGUCAUGUCAAGUGAGAAAAGAAAACGCAGAAAAAGAUGACCAGCAAGAUUCCAGUGCAUCGUUAAGUCCCAACUCUUCAAUGACCACCAAGGAGCUUCAGGAAUAUUGGAGGAAUGAAAAAAGCCAGUGCAGACAAGUCAAACUCCUUUUUGAAAUCCCAUCAACCAGAAUUGUAGAGCACCACUUAUCUAAAUAUGUGAUGUAUAAAAUCAUCAUUUUGCAAACAGGGAGUUUUGACAGCAACAAGUCUGUAAUUGAACGGCGUUAUUCAGAUUUUGAGAAACUGCACAGAAAUCUGCUGGAGGAAUUUAGUGAAGAAAUGGAAGAUGUGACCUUUCCCAAAAAAACUCUAACAGGGAACUUCACAGAAGAAAUAAUCAAUGAGAGAAAAUUAGCUUUCAUGGACUACCUGAGACUUCUAUAUUCUAUGAAAUAUGUCCGAAGGUCAAAAAAAUUUAUUGACUUUUUAAUAAGGCCAGAGCUUCAGGAAGCCUAUGGCUGCCUGCGAGGUGGCCAGUACACCAAAGCUUUGGAAAUCCUUUUAGAAGUCAUCGGUCUGCAGGAAAGGCUGACAAGAAGAAACCCUGUCUCAGUUGUCCCAACUCUCUGCGCUAUCGUGGUGUGCCACAAGGACCUGGAAAACCCUGCAAGUGCCUUUGAAUAUGGAGAAAAAGCUCUAUCACGCCUUUGUGUGCAUUCUAGCCACAGGUAUUAUAUUCCAUUGUUAGAAACAAUGAUCAGUUUGGCAUAUGAACUUGGCAAGGAUUUUCUGUCUUUGCAAGAAAAACUGGAAGAAUGGAAGGCAAAGAAAGAUCCCAUACGAGUUUUAACCCUGAAAGAACUUGCAGUUCGGGAGUAUGUACAAUGAACAUAAACAUUUUCCUUAAAGAGCAAAGCUGCCAGGUCCUUUCCCAAAACAUAAGCUCCUGAAAGAGUAAGAACUGGAAAUUACUAAUUUGGAUGACUUAACAUUAUAUUAAUGGAAAAAAUCCUAAAUAUCUGUCAUGCUCAAAAAGGACCUUAACAUUUAUGUUGUAAAAUAUCAUAUUUACAGAUAUGAGGAACACAUAAGGUAUUAAGCUUAUUAAGUUUUAUGGUUUGGUUAUGUUGAAUGCAUGCUAUUUUGUGUGAAAAGUCAGCAUAAGAAAAUACAGGUUUUUUACUGCUCCAGCUGAAGCCUCGUCAAACAACAUCUGUCAUUUCUGAGAAUGAUGGGUUUGGGUCUGUUCCCACCAGAGUCAACUGCUGUGGGUGGGAGGACCUAGGGGGGAGGUUUACAAUCAGCUUUGGUAGCAGCAAAAAAUAAAAGUGAU